AUGAAGGUGUUGAAGGACGAGGAAACUAGAAGGUAUGCAUCUCUUUCUUGGGUAUCCCCACCUUCUGGUUAUCUUAAGGUGAAUUUUGAUGGUGAUAUGGUGAUAGAUAGAGCAUCCGGUAGAGUGGGCUUUGUUGUUAGGGACCAUUAUGGUAGAUUGAUUGCAGCUGGUGGACGGAGCACACCAGACUUGACUGCUGUAGGGGCGAAGCUACGAGUAGCCUGGGAGGGCAUCUUGUAUGCGAGACGUGUGCUGGGUGUCGACAUAUUGUGUAUUGAGGAAGACUCUACCAUGGUGAUUGCUUGGAUACGGGGAGUGGAUAGGUAUGGCGAUGGUCAUCCGUUGAUUCGGAAUACUCGCAGAUUGGAUGUACUUAAAUUUGAGUUAUUGGAAUGA